AUGACAACCAUUCGUGUUCUCCUCCACGACCUGCACAACAUCGCCAACGAUCACGCAGCCCAAGCACGAACUCAGAAUACUACUGAUGAACUCUAUAUCAGUGGACCUUAUUUUACGUUGGAGGAAGCUGCUCGGAUCAAAGGUUCGAUAGUGCCUUCACCAAUCUUGACUGAAAUACCGGAGUUUGAAGAGCUCGAGUUUGAGGGAGACUUGGAGCAUCAUGUAAGCCCAGACACUCCAGUCUCGGAAGACGAGAGCCCCAAAGAAAUGACUGUCGAAACGGCAAUUAAAUCCUGUUUCCAGUCAUUUUUCGAAAAACGUAAGGCAAGUGAUGAUGCACGACCAUAUGGUCCUCAUAAUGUGGGACCGAUUUAUAGGACAAUUUUCAUGGUAUCGAAAGAGGAGUUGAAGAAUGAAAAGUUCUUGGGGAGAUUAAGACGUGCUGGACUCAGCGAACCUAGAACUAACGCGACUGGCAAUGUUGGAAACAAGAAGAAAAAGAAGAAUGAGAGGAGACAAUGA